AUGUUCAGUCCAUUUCGUUCUCUCUCGCUCGUUCUCUCUCUCCCGUUCUCUCUCUCCCGUUCUCUCUCUCCCGUUCUCUCUCUCCCGUUCUCUCUCGCUCGUUCUCUCUCUCCCAUUCUCUCUCCCGUUCUCUCUCGCUCGUUCUCUCUCUCCCGUUCUCUCUCUCCCGUUCUCUCUCUCCCGUUCUCUCUCUCCCGUUCUCUCUCUAUCGUUUUCUCUCUCUCGUUCUCUCUCUCGUUGUACAUAAAGAUUGUAAUAGGUUGCAUGUUCAGUCCAUUUCGUUCUCUCUCGCUCGUUCUCUCUCUCCCGUUCUCUCUCUCCCGUUCUCUCUCUCCCGUUCUCUCUCUCCCGUUCUCUCUCGCUCGUUCUCUCUCUCCCAUUCUCUCUCCCGUUCUCUCUCGCUCGUUCUCUCUCUCCCGUUCUCUCUCUCCCGUUCUCUCUCUCCCGUUCUCUCUCUCCCGUUCUCUCUCUAUCGUUUUCUCUCUCUCGUUCUCUCUCUCUCCAUUUCGUUCUCUCUCGCUCGUUCUCUCUCUCCCGUUCUCUCUCUCCCGUUCUCUCUCUCCCGUUCUCUCUCUCCCGUUCUCUCUCGCUCGUUCUCUCUCUCCCAUUCUCUCUCCCGUUCUCUCUCGCUCGUUCUCUCUCUCCCGUUCUCUCUCUCCCGUUCUCUCUCUCCCGUUCUCUCUCUCCCGUUCUCUCUCUAUCGUUUUCUCUCUCUCGUUCUCUCUCUCGUUCUCUUUCUCGUUCUCUCUCGUUUUCUUUCUCUCUCGUUCUCUCUCUCUCUCUCUCUCUCUCUCUCUCUCUCUCUCUCUCUCUCUCUCUCUCUCGUUCUCUCUCUCUCUCUUUCUUUCUCUCUCUCUCUCUCUCUCUCUCUCUCUCUCUCUCUCUCUCUCUCUCUCUCUCUCUCUCUCUCUCUCUCUCUUUCGUUCUCCCUCUCUCUUGUUCCCUCUCUCUCUCUUUCGUUCUCUCUCUCCCGUUCUCUCUCUCCCGUUCUCUCUCGCUCGUUCUCUCUCUCCCAUUCUCUCUCCCGUUCUCUCUCGCUCGUUCUCUCUCUCCCGUUCUCUCUCUCCCGUUCUCUCUCUCCCGUUCUCUCUCGCUCGUUCUCUCUCUCCCAUUCUCUCUCCCGUUCUCUCUCGCUCGUUCUCUCUCUCCCGUUCUCUCUCUCCCGUUCUCUCUCUCCCGUUCUCUCUCUCCCGUUCUCUCUCUAUCGUUUUCUCUCUCCCGUUCUCUCUCUAUCGUUUUCUCUCUCUCGUUCUCUCUCUCGUUCUCUUUCUCGUUCUCUCUCGUUUUCUUUCUCUCUCGUUCUCUCUCUCUCUCUCUCUCUCUCUCUCUCUCUCUCUCUCUCUCUCUCUCUCUCUCUCUCGCUCUCUCUCUCUCUCUUCUUCUCUCUCUCUCUCUCUCUCUCUCUCUCUCUCUCUCUCUCUCUCUCUCUCUCUCUCUCUCUCUCUCUCUCUCUCUUUCGUUCUCCCUCUCUCUUGUUCCCUCUCUCUCUCUUUCGUUCUCUCUCUCCCGUUCUCUCUCUCCCGUUCUCUCUCGCUCGUUCUCUCUCUCCCAUUCUCUCUCCCGUUCUCUCUCGCUCGUUCUCUCUCUCCCGUUCUCUCUCUCCCGUUCUCUCUCUCCCGUUCUCUCUCGCUCUCUCUCUCUCUCUUUCUUUCUCUCUCUCUCUCUCUCUCUCUCUCUCUCUCUCUCUCUCUCUCUCCCGUUCUCUCUCUCCCGUUCUCUCUCUCCCGUUCUCUCUCUCCCGUUCUCUCUCGCUCGUUCUCUCUCUCCCAUUCUCUCUCCCGUUCUCUCUCGCUCGUUCUCUCUCUCCCGUUCUCUCUCUCCCGUUCUCUCUCUCCCGUUCUCGUUUUCUUUCUCUCUCGUUCUCUCUCUCUCUCUCUCUCUCUCUCUCUCUCUCUCUCUCUCUCUCUCUCUCUCUCUCGUUCUCUCUCUCUCUCUUUCUUUCUCUCUCUCUCUCUCUCUCUCUCUCUCUCUCUCUCUCUCUCUCUCUCUCUCUCUCUCUCUCUCUCUCUCUCUCUCUCUCUCUCUCUCUCUCUUUCGUUCUCCCUCUCUCUUGUUCCCUCUCUCUCGUUCUCUCUCUCGUUCUCUCUCUCGUUCUCUCUCUCUCUCUCUCUCUCUCUCUCUCUCUCUCUCUCUCUCUCUCUCUCUCUCUCUCUCUCUCUCUCUCUCUCUCUCUCGUUCCUACAUUUUCUCCUUGUCAUUUGUCAGCUCUAA